AUGAAAAGGCUGUAGAAUUUCUAAAGGAAAAUGCUAGGUUAAGUUGUCUGCUACCUGUAGAAAAGAUUAGCUUCAAACUGAAGUAGCUACAUAAAUUCAGUUGAAUUUUCAAUGCCGCGUCCACUUGAAUUGCGUAGGCCCUUAGGCAGCGACCAAAUGUCAAUGAGCCCAUCACCAUUGAACUAGACCUCCAAACCAAACUAUUAGGCAUUAGCUCUUCAGUAAACAGUAACAAGUGAUUUCUCAGAGCCAUUCAACUGGACCUCCAAAACCAAACUCAUUCUCUAAGGAUCACACCUUAAAAAACCAAAUUCUUUCUUCUUUGUUUCGUCUUCUUGUCCAUCAUCUUCCAUACGUUUCCUAUCUAUCAUGGCAGAGCUAGUGGCUGGAGCUCUGCUCUCCUCGUUUCUCUCUGUUUGGUUUGAUCGAUUGGCUUCUCAUCAGGUCAAAGACUUUAUCCGUGGACAGAAAACCACCGAAGGACUGCUGAAGAAGUUGGAGAUUAAGCUGCUAUCAGUUAAUAAAGUGCUUGAUGAUGCCGAGGAGAAGCAAAUCAGAGACCCAACAGUGAGGAAGUGGCUUGAGGAGCUCAAAGAUGUUGUGUAUGCUGCAGGAGAUGUGCUGGAUGAGAUCAACACUGAAGCUCUGCGGCGCAAGCUUGAAGUUGAUCAAUCUGGAAGUAGCAGCGCAUGUUGCCAGGUACCGAAAAUCAUGUACUCCACUUGGUUCAAUAAAUUUGAAAGAACUCUUGAACGAAGGAUAGUGGAGAUUCUAGACAGAUUGGAAUUUAUUAUAAACCAAAAGGAUGUGCUUGGUUUGAAACAAGGUGUUCAAGUUACACAACAAGCAAGGAUGCGUGAAACUACUUCUCUGGUAGAUGAUUCUGAUGUCUACGGAAGGGACGAGGACAAGGAAACCAUCAUUGCAUUGUUGCUGUCUGAUGAUGCCACUGAAGAUAAGGUAGGCGUUGUUUCUAUUGUGGGCAUGGGUGGGAUUGGAAAAACCACCCUUGCUCAACUUGUGUACAAUGAUGCCAGAGUAAAGGAAGAGUUUGAUCUCCGAGCUUGGGUUUGUGUUUCGGAUGAUUUUGAUAUUCUUAGAAUAACACAAGCAAUUUAUGCAUCAAUCACUUCACAAACUUGUGCUAUCACUGAACUAGAUCUGCUUCAAGUUAAACUUAAGGAGGCUUUGACAACCAAGAAAUUUCUCAUUGUUCUUGAUGAUAUUUGGAAUGAAAACUACAAUAAUUGGGAUCUUUUAAGACUGCCUUUUGGAUCUGGAGCCCAUGGAAGUAAGAUUCUUGUCACAACGCGUAGUUCAGCUGUUGCAUCUACAAUGGGAACUCUUCCAACUUACUAUUUAGGCCAUGUAUCUGACGAAGAUUGUUGGCUGUUAUUUGCAAGACAUGCUUUCAGAAAUGCAGAUGCACUUACUACUGAACAUCCAGAUCUUGCAAAUAUCGGAAGAAAAAUAGUUCAAAAGUGUAAUGGUCUUCCUUUGGCAGCCAAAUCCCUUGGAGGUCUCUUGCGCACUAAACUAGAUAUUGAGGAAUGGCAAAAGAUAUUAGAUAGUGAGAUAUGGGAGUUGUCAGAGAGGGAGAGUAACAUCUUGCCAGCUCUUUGGUUGAGCUAUCACUAUUUACCUUCACAUCUUAAGAGUUGUUUUGCGUGUUGUUCGAUGUUUCCCAAAGAUUAUAAUUUCACCAAAUCCGAAUUGGUUCUUUUGUGGCUAGCUGAUGAUCUCUUGCAACCCACACAGAAAAAGACAGUAGAAGAAGUUGGAGAGGACUACUUCAAUUAUCUAGUCUCGAGAUCAUUUUUUCAACGAUCAUUGGGUCCUCAUAUUGAGUCAUCUAUCACCAAGCAAGACCUCAUAUAUUGUGAGUCAUCUCUCACCAUGCAUGACCUUAUAAAUGACUUGGCAAAGUUUGUAUCAGGGGAUUUUUGUUUGAGGUUGGAGGACAAGGUUAAUGACGGCUCAUUCAACAUUAUAGGCAAAACUCGUCAGAUUUCCUACAUGAAAACAGGUAAUCAUGGCUUUGAAUUUGAUGCUUUAUAUAAAUCCAAGUCUUUGCAUACCUUCCUAUCUUUUCCAGUAAAUCCUCAAUAUCAAUAUCGGUUUGAAAUGCCAAGGGUUCUAUAUUUUUUAUUGCCAACAUUACAAUACUUGCGAUUCCUCAACUUAUCACAGUACUAUGUUAGGGAAUUGCCUAGUUCAAUUGGCAACUUGAAACAUCUGAGGCACUUGGACUUGUCUUAUAGUUCAAUAGAAAGGUUACCUGAUACAUUGUGCACAUUGUAUAAUAUGCAAAGCUUAUUAUUGGGGAAUUGUCGUGCUCUUGUUCAGUUACCAACCAACUUGGGAAGACUAAUCAAGUUGAGACAUCUUGAUAUCAGCAAUCGCUGGGGUAGUACAACCAUAAAAAACAUGCCACAAGAUGUUGGUAACUUGAAAAGUCUCCAAUUGUUAAGUAACUUUGUGUUGGCCAAAGAUACAGGGCAUAGUGUUGUGGAGUUAAAGGAGCUUCAGAAUUUGCACCAAACACUUUGUAUCUCAGGACUUGACCACAUUUUCUGUGAUGGAGAUGCUUUGGAGGCGAACUUGAGGGUCAAGAAGUAUCUGAAUGGACUAGUGUUGAAAUGGGGAGGUGAUACUGACAGUUCAGAAAAAGAUAGAAAAGUGCUGGAGAAGCUCCAACCUCACACGAACCUAAGAGAACUCAAGAUUGAAUCUUAUGGGGGCACAAUAUUUCCAAAUUGGGUAGGAGAUCAUUCUUUCUCAAAUUUAGCAUUGGUUAUAAUUAGAUUCUGUACAUGUUGUUCCUUGCCACCACUUGGGCAGCUACCUUCCCUCGUAAAGCUAGAAAUUGAAGGGUUAAAUGAAGUGGUGUCCAUAGGUCUUGAGUUUUGCGGUAGCAAUACUUGUGGAAUUAGGCCAUUUAGAUCUCUCAAAGAACUGAAGUUCAAGGAUAUGUCAGAGUGGAAAGAGUGGUGUUAUGUAGGAGGUAAACAAGAAGAAGGUGGAAUUUUUCCGAAUCUUUGCAGGCUGCAUUUGCAGAACUGCCCCAAGCUAACAGAGAUAUUACCUUUAGACAACCUACCGAAGCUUGAAGAAAUAUCUUUGUUCGGUCUGAUGUCAUUUGGUGGUUCAUUUUCACUAGAAUCUCAAUGCCCUAAGUUCCUCUGCCUCAGUGAGUUGGUCAUACGUAACUGCCCAAACUUUGUAUGCUUUCCAGAUGAAGGGAUGGAUGCGCCCCAAUUGAAGUCAAUAUGUAUAGAAAACUGUGUGAAAUUUCGGUCAUUACCAGACGGAAUGCACACCCUUCUCCCAUCUCUUGAGUAUCUGCACAUAGAUAGUUGUCCAGAACUGGAAUUAUUUCCUGAAGGGGGGUUGCCGCCAUCAUUAAAAUCACUCGAGUUUGGAUGUAACAAAACACUAUAUGCUAACAGCAAGCAGUGGGGUGUACAAAGACUCAAAUCACUUACAGCAUUGUCAAUCAUUUUUGUGGAAUGUGAAGGGAUGGUGGAUUCAUUUCCAGAGGAGGGGUUGCUUCCCACCACUCUUACCCAUUUCCACUUGUCCAAUCAUCUGAAUCUUACUACAAUUGAUGGCAAGGCUUUGGGACACCUCAAAUCUCUUAAACGGUUGAUCAUUUCAAAUUGCCCCAAGCUCAAGUGUUUUUCAGAAGAAGGGCUACCCACUUCUCUUUCCCGGUUGGAAAUUGCAAAAUGUCCUCUGCUGGAACAAAGAUGUCAGAGAGAGAAGGGAGAAGAUUGGCCCAAGAUUUCUCAUAUCCCUUCCAUAUACAUUUGUGAUUAGAGAUAUUAUGGGCGUUCAUAAGAUUAAAUUAUCAAAUCUGCUCUCAGUAUUCCUACAGACCCUCUCCCGCUUUUGCUAUAAGCCUAUAACAACGAUGGCAAAGACGGAGAAAGAGAUGGAGAAAGGGGAAGAUUGGCCCAAGAUGAUCAACCCUGAGAUAAUAUGCGAGGUCGAUUGCAACCAGUUCUCAUGUACUUGCUAAUUUGUUAUGCAACCUAUGCUUUCAAAGCUUAACAUGAAGAGGAUAUUGGUACAUAUUUGUUGCUAUUCCUGGUUAUUGGCUGAAAUCUAGUGAUCAUUCAAGAGGAGUUCAUAGAUUGGCGGGCUUCUCAACAUUCUUGUUGUUUAGCCUUUAAGGAGGCAGAGGAACAAAUUAUCUAUGGUGAUCUGAAAACUUGUUGUUUAGCCAUUAAGGAGGCAGAGGAACAAAUGAAUGCUUGCCACUUUUGGUGAUCUGAAAACUGUAAUUGCCAAUAGCCAAACACUGUUGGCUUUGUCAACCUCUAUCUAUGUGCCUUCUUUGUUUCAGAUAUAAUUGAGGUCAACACAAAAAUCAGUCCUAUACUCCUACUGUUCUGAAAAUCGGCAACAACUACAAGUUUGAUUCUAAUGUAGGGUUGCGAUUAAAAUGACAAAGGAUGCAAGCUACUUUGAGCACUUAUUGUGGUUGCAGGUGCCUUAAUUCCAUGGUACCUCUUUUCAAAAUGAUCAACUUAAUUCAAAAUUGUUGCAGUUGCAACGUGCAAUUAAUUCAUCUGUUUCUGAUUCUUUCCAAACAGCUGUGUCCAAGAAAAGUACGUUGAGUUUCCAAUAUUGUUGAUUUCGCUCAGUUAUUGAUCUAUUUUUUAUCGCACUUACAUAUGUUAUAUGAUCCAGUACUUGUUUAGUUUUCUCUCAUUUUUUGCCAAUUACAGUUCAUGUACACAUAUUUCUUAUUUGAUUGAUUUCACCUAGAAUAUCCUGAUUUGGUAUACA